AUGGCACUUUUUGUAUUUUACGAAGGGAAAAUACUUGUGUUAGAGGUGUAUAGAAACUUUGCUUAGUGGCACCCUUCCACCCUCGAAAUCGCAGGAAAUGCCAUUUCCGAGGUUCUAGAUUUCAAAUUUUCUCGGGGGGGCAUGCCCCCGAACCCCUCUAGGAAGGUCGCACCUGCGGUGCGAGGGGUCCGCCUUCGGCGGGACGAUUUUUUUCAGCCAGCUACGCCACUGAAUGUCAGAUCAAACCAUCAAACAAAACUGAACUAAGAUUUAUGAGGACGACAUUUACCUAAAUGUGCAUAUGAAGUGGAUAUUUUUAUUUUCCAAUAUUUAUAUUUUACAAGGUUCCUGACGUUGAGGACAAGGUUCCUGACGCUGAGGACAAGGUUCUUGACGCUGAGGACAAGGUUCCUGACACUGAGGACAAGGUUCCUGACGUUGAGGACAAGGUUCCUGACGCUGAGUACAAGGUUCCAGACGCUGAGGACAAGGUUCCUGACUUUGAGGACAAGGUUCUUGACGCUGAGGACAAGAUCCCUGACGUUGAGGACAAGGUUCCUGACGUCGAGGACAAGGUUUCUGACGCUGAGGACAAGGUUCCUGACGCUGAGGACAAGGUUCUUGACGCUCACGACAAGAUUCCUGACGUUGAGGACAAGGUUCCUGACGUCGUGGACAAGGUUCCUGACGCUGAGGACAAGGUUUCUGACGUUGAGGACAAGGUUCCUGACGCUGAGGACAAGGUACCUGACGUCGAGGUCAAGGUUCCUGAUGCUAAGGACAAGGUUGUUGCCGCUGAUGAAAAGGUUUUUGACGCUGAGAACAAGGUUCCUGACGCUGACGACAAGGUUCCUGACGCCGAUGACAAGCUUCUUGACGCUGAGGAGAAGGUUCCUGACGCGGAGUACAAGGUUCCAGACGCUGGAGACAAGGUUCCUGACGUUGAGGACAAGGUUCCUGACGCUGAGGACAAGGUUCUUGACGCUGAGGACAAGGUUCCUGACACUGAGGACAAGGUUCCUGACGCUGAUGACAAGGCUCCUGACGUUGAGGACAAGGUUCCUGACGCUGAGUACAAGGUUCCAGACGCUGAAGACAUGGUUCCUGACUUUGAGGACAACGUUCUUCACGCCGAGGACAAGGUCCCUGACGUUGAGGACAAGGUUCCUGACGUCGAGGACAAGGUUCCUGACUCUAAAGGACAAGAUUCCUCACGUUGAGGACAAGGUUCCUGACGUCGAGGACAAGGUUCCUGACGCUGAAGACAAGGUUCUUGACGCUGAGGACAAGGUACCUGACGCUGAGGACAAGGUUCCUGAUGCUGAGGACAAGGUUGUUGACGCUGAUGAAAAGGUUCCUGACGUUGAGGACAAGGUUCCUGACGCUGAGGACAAGGUUUUGACGCUGAGAAGAAGGUUGCUGACGCUGAGGACAAGGUUCCUGACGCCAAUGACAAGGUUUGUGACGCUGAGGACAAGGUUCUUGACCCUGAGGACAAGGUUCCUGAUGCUGAGGAGAAGGUUCCUGACGCUGAGGACAAGGCUCCUGACGUUGAGGACAAGGUUUCUGACGCUGAGUACAAGGUUCCAGACGCUGAGGACAUGGUUCCUGACUUUGAGGACAACGUUCUUGACGCUGAAGACAAGAUCCUUGACGUUGAGCACAAGGUUCCUGACGUCGAGAACAAGGUUCCUGACGCUGAGGACAAGGUUCCUGACGUUGAGGACAAGGUUCUUGACGCUCAGGACAAGAUUCCUGACGUUGAGGACAAGGUUCCUGACGUCGAGGACAAGGUUCCUGACGCUGAGGACAAGGUUACUGACGUUGAGGACAAGGUUCCUGACGCUGAGGACAAGGUUCUUGACGCUGAGGACAAGGUCGUUGACGCUGAUAAAAAGGUUCCUGACGUUGAGGACAAGGUUCCUGACGUUGAGGAAAAGGUUCCUGACGAUGAGGACAAGGUUCCUGACGUCGAGGUCAAGGUUCCUGACGUUGAGGAGAAGGUUCCUGACGCUGAGGACAAGGUUUUUGACGCUGAGAACAAGGUUCCUGACGCUGAGAACAAGGUUCCUGACGCCGAUGACAAGGUUCGUGACGCUGAGGACAAGGUUCUUGACGCUGAGGAGAAGGUUCCUGACGCGGAGUACAAGGUUCCUGACGCUGGGGACAAGGUUCCUGGACGUUGA